AUAUGGCAGACACAUUCUCAUCCAUCCCGAUCAUUGACUUUCAGCGUUUGCAGAAUGCAGAUACAAAAGAAGAAACUCUAGCACAACUGCGAGAGGCGAUAUUUCUCGUUGGUUUUCUGUAUUUGACGAAUCAUGGACUUGAGGCAUUGACCAAUAAAACACACGAUAAACUGCCUGAACUAUUUGCAUUGCCAGCUGAAGUCAAGGAAAGAUGCAACAUGAUCAAUUCACCGUCCUUUCUGGGCUAUACUCGUCUCGGGGCAGAGACGACAGCAUCCAAGACGGACAUGCGAGAGCAAUUCGACUUUGGAACGCCCAACAUGAAAACGUGGACUGAGAACGAGCCCAUCUGGGAGCGACUCGAGGGAAACAGCCAGUAUCCUGAAUAUCCCGGCGCAAAGGAACUCAUCGAAGAAUACAUUUCUGAAUCAGCAAAACUGUCAAAAGUAUUCAUGCGAUCUGUUGCAGAGUGUCUGUCUCUUCCAGCUACGACAUUUGAAGACUUUAAAGGCGCUAUGGAUCGGCUCAAGUUUGUCAAGUAUCCGCAGUCUCCUGAGGGGUCGCAGGGUGUUGGGCCUCACAAGGAUUCAACCGGACUGUUUACCUUUCUAUCUCAAGAUAAUACCGGUGGACUGCAGAUUCUAAAUAAAAAAGGGGACUGGAUUGAUGCACCGCCCAUCGAGGGCAGUCUGGUGGUGAAUAUCCAGCAGGGAUUUGAAGCCAUCACGGGGGGGAUUUGUACAGCCACCACGCAUCGUGUUAUUGCACCCACCACCAAAACAAGAUACAGCAUUCCCUUCUUCCUCGGAGUGAGGAUGGACUUGACACUCGAUCAAUUGAAAGAGUCAGCAGCGCAUAUUGUCCGCACGAUUCCGGCAUCGGAUGACAGGAAGAAGAGAGCGGUCGAUGUGCCCAGCGAGUUUCUGUCUCCUCUGUAUUCAUGCUUUGGCGAGGCGUAUUUGAGAAAUCGGAUUCUGAGCCAUCCGGAUGUUGGGCAGAGGUGGUAUCCAAAAUUAUAUACCAAGUAUUCGCAGCAGGUGUUGAGAUGAGCUUGUGUCUUUGUUGAUAUAGGGUUAAACAUUUGUAUCAAGGGGUGUAGAUAUGACCACCAUGUUGAGUAUAAUUCUAGGAUCAACUGAGUGCAUAUAUAGCCUUCUUCACUAUUUCAACAUAUAUUAAUAGACGCUG